AUGGUGGACUAUGUAGUACAAGACAUUAAUUGUGUUGGUGCAAUUGAUGGAAUGCACGUUCGUGUUAAAGUAUCUUCAGAGGAUGCACCGAAAUACCGUGGUAGAAAAGAUUGGCCAACUCAAAAUGUGUUGGCUGCAUGUUCUUUUGAUAUGAAAUUUACAUAUUUAUUAGCAGGUUGGGAAGGAACUGCUUCUGAUUCGAGAAUCAUAAAAAAUGCAUUAACCAGAGAAGACAAACUAAAAAUUCCUGAAGAUGCUGGUUUUCCAUUAAAGGGUGGACUUAUCACACCCUUUAGGGUUGUGAGAUAUCACUUGAAAGAAUACUCCAAACGAUGCCCACAAAAUGAAAAAGAGUUGUUUAAUCUUCGACAUCCUUCUUUGCAAAAUGUGAUUGAAAGAUCAUUUGGUGUCUUGAAAAAAAGAUUCCCAGUUAUAGCUAGUUCAACAGAACCGGUCUAUUCGUGCAAAACACAGUCGGACAUCAUUUUAGCAUGUUGUAUAUUGCACAACUUUUGCAUGGGUGUCGAUCCAGAUGCUAGCAUUAUUGAAGAUGUUGAUGCAGAACUUAUGAAUCAACCUAGUGAAAAUUAUUCUGUUCAAGUUGAUGUUGAUGAAGAGUACAAACUAAUAACAAUGAAAAAGAAUCAAAUAUAUACAGACGGAGGCAAGACUGAUAAGAUACAAUGGAGCCAAUCUAUGGAUGAUGUGCUUAUUGAUGCAUUACUGCUUCAACAAAUAAUAGGUAAUCGAGUGAAUGACACUUUUACUACAACUGCAUAUGAUAAUGUUGUGACAGAGCUGAACGAUAAGUUGGGUAAAAUGCUCACCAAGGAUCACAUAAAAAAUCGAAUGAAAACGUUGAAGUCUAACUUCAGUAGUUGUUAUGAUAUCUUUAAAAGUGGUUUGAGUGGAUUUAGCAUUGAUUCAAAGACAAAUAUGUGGACGGCUGAACCUGAAGUAUGGAAGCCACUAAUAGAGGCAAAUCCAAUGGCAAAAAAGUGGAUGACAGCACUUGUUCCGAACUAUGAUAAGCUGGUAAAUUUAUUUGGCAAUGAUAGAGCAACAGGGGAAGGAUCGAUGACAGCGAAAGAGAGGUGCAAUCGAAUGAGUUUAGCGUGUGAGGGUACUGGCAACAGAAUCCAGCUUAUUGAUGAAAUGGUUUCUCAAAAUGAAGCAGUAUUAGAACCAUUUAUCAACCUAUGA